AUGGCCCAAGCCAUGAGAUGGAAGAUGCCCGUAUCUGACCUCGCACAGGACAGCAGAACUGGAGACCCAAGGCACUGGGAUUCAACAGUGAGUGCGGAGCAGAGCAACCGGUCCCCGUACAUGGGGUGGGUGCUGUUGGGUGACAAUAUGAAGACGUCGUGGUGGGCGCGUGUGAAUGGCAAGAUUAAGGGAGCGUUUUCUGCUCAUCCGGGGCUCCAACUAACGCAUUGGUUACCCGGAGUCUGUGGUAUCGCUUAUGCACCCCGGUUGACUAUCUGGGCUAGAGUCCUUGGGCGUCUUCUCGUUCCAGACAACGCUAGUAUCAUCACCAUCAUCAUCAUGGGUGUCCCCGGGCUUGUUAUCAGCAUUGCCCCGUCUUGCCUCUAUUGCCAGAUGAAACCCUUGUACGGAGUCAGGGCAAGCAAGCACAAGACCAAGUUUGGGUCGACAAAUGGGUUUGCCGCAGCGGGUAUUGCGGCCGGCCAUGUUUCAGACGUGGCGUGCCUGGCUGGAACCUGCUUGUUGGCCUUGGCAAGACGGUCAGGUUACCAUUUGGUGAUUCUCCCUCUUCUCGAUACUGCUAGCUAUUGUUGGCUUCCCUAA